AUGUUAUCUAAAUCUAUAAUUUUACAAUACUUCAUGCAAUCAUUUUGCUACAAUGAGACUGGAUUUAACAUUAAAUUUUAAUAAAGAAAUGAUCUUUAAAGGUGUGCAAAUGAUAAAUCGAAAACAAAUUUUGUGUAUUUUUUAGUUCAUUACGACGGAUAGAAGAAAAAAUUCGAUUGA